UGGUGUACUCGGCAGUAGUCGGUUGUGUCGAGUGACACACGCCACUCGUGCAAAAUUGUAUUUUCGCCAUUCACUGUUUUUUAAACUGUUGGAUAAUAUCACCGGUGUGGGUCUAAUGAUCUAUUCGCUUUAGUCAUGCUCGGAAGUUAAAACGUUAUUGCAAGUGACUUCAUUAAGCAAUCCGACGUUUCAACGCCAUAAUAAUAUAAAUUUAUACCGCGGAACCGGUUCGCCUGUUACACUUAUUUUCACGAUUACGUGUUGUAGUGACGUCAAUUCAGCGUUCGUGACGUCAACGUGGACCGACCACACUUGGCGAUAUUCGUCUCUGAUAGCAAAUUAGCAAACAAACGUCUUUUUAUCAUCGCCUGUCACAAGCCCCGCGACAUUCGGCCGUGAAUGUUGAGUCAUCACGUACCAUGUUAGUACUUAGUAUGUUACAGCUUACAGACAUGAUAAUUUAUAGUGACUAGUCACCGCAGUUCAGCUUCAGUAGUUGAUCGUCGAUCUCUGUGCUCGUUCGUUGUCCGUGCGCCAUUUAAGUUGGACGAUCAAUUUCUGUUGACGUACUGCUUACAAUCGUUCUCGCAACCCAAGUUCUAGAUCGCGUCCGAAGUCAAAUCAUUCUCGUUCUUUGCUCACGUCGAUCGCGUCAUGGCUCAAGCUCCAUUCCUCAAUCCGACUCUGCCGUUUGUCGGACCAAUACAAAACGGUUUGAAACAAGGCACGUUGCUUAGCUUCCAAGGUACAUCAUUCCCGUCUUCAAACAGGGUCUGUAUAAAUUUACAAAUUGGCCCGAGUGUUGCUCCUCGAGACGCUGUCGCCUUGUUUGUUGCUUUAGACUUUAAUCGCAACUUGAUUGUCAGGAAUUCUAUUCAAGCACAAAAUUGGGGCGUAGAGGAAACUCAUGGUCCACCUGUGUCUCUCAUUCGAGGCCAGCCUUUCAAAUUGGAUAUAUUGUGUGAUGCUUACGACUAUAAAAUCGCAUUCAAUGGAUCCCAUUACACAGAAAUGAAACAUAGGGUACCAUUUCAAAGUGUGUUUUAUUUAGCUAUCGACGGAGAAGCACAAUUACAUAGUAUACAUAUAAAUUCCCCCGGAAGUACACAAUUUGGUGGUCCGACAAUGCCGAUGCCUGGUAAUCCACCGGGGUAUAUGCCAAUGCCUGGGCAGAUGCCGGUUCCCGGACAAAUGCCUAUGCCUGGACAGAUGCCAAUGCCUGGAAGCUAUGCACCUGGACAUAUACCAUCAGCGGGUCAUAUGCCUGGAACUGUUCCGCCAUAUGCUUCAGGUUAUAGUGCCUAUCCUGGCCAAACUCAUAAUUCUCCUUAUUUGCAGAAACACACAAGUUCACCAAUUAAAAAUGCACUCAAUCAAGGAUUAGUUAAUUAUGCUUUAACUGGACAUAUUAGCCCUCGUAAAGCAGCUAAAGCUCAAAGAAAACAAGCCAAAAAAGCUCUGAAAUAUGGUAUUCCUGUAGCUGGAGUUGCUGGAGCUGGUGUUGGUGCGUAUGCUAUGCACAAAGCGCAUAAGCAUAAAGGGUAUAAACAUAAAAAGGGAUCAAAGUCAUCAAGCAGUAGUAGUAGUAGCAGUAGCAGCAGCAGCAGUGAUUGAUUUAAAUGUUAAUUACUUAUUUUAAAGUUACUGGUUAACAAUUUCAUUGCUUUAAUAUGAAGUUUUAACUGAAUAUUCGCAUAACAAUCAUAGUAUUAUUUUUAUAUUACUCGGAAUAAUGAAUCUAAUAUGUGUUGUAAUUUAAUUAAAUUUUGUACUCAUCAUUUAAAACAUAUAUUUUAGAUUUAUACUUAUUGUUUUGUAGGCUCUGUUAAAAUAAAAUGUAUUGUUGUGUUGUUGUUAAAUUAAUUUUGUAAUCUUGUGUAAAGCUAAUUUAUUUUGUUAUACUAUUAAAUUAAUAAUUCAAUUUUUUUA